GAACGUGAAACAAAAGAGCGAGUGGGCAUACUGGUUAUACUGUGGUUCUAUUCUGUUGACAGUCUGCGACAGGUUAGCGUUUUUCAAAUAGUCCUGUGGCCGAUGGCGGGGCGCGGGCGUCAAAUUAAGAGAGUUCCAUUCAUCGAGUGUACAACACGUCUUCUAACCUAGAAGAAAAAUUUUUGUUCCUGCGGGGUUUCAUCAUCCCGCGCGAGACCCGAUAGUCGGGGCCCUCGCUUUGUAUGUCACCAAUUAAACGUCUAUUGGUUCGUCGUGGCCGUGUCGGCUACCAUUUAUCAGGAGCCGGGCACCAUAAUUAGAAGUCAAAUUAAGAGAGAAAUUAUGUCACGGAAAAAGCACAACAUAUCGUAUAUCAAACCGGAUGAACCGAAGUUUCUACGAGAGCUGAAGGAACAAAUUGGGUACAAAGAAGGCCCCACUGUCGACACGAAGAGGCAAUCCCUACCAGAGGUGUCUGACGAAGAAAGGGAAGAGCUGGUUGAUGAACAGCCUGUUGUUGUCGUGUUAAAUUCUGGUGAUUUAACAGCGGAGGAAGCAGACGCCUUUAACAAACAAAGGGAAAAAGAAGAAAACAAUGCCCCAGCUGAUCUAUCUAAGAAGAUUGUAUUUCGCAAGACUAAAGCAGUAGUAACAGAUUCUGACACCAUCGCUGCCGAUAAACCUAUGAGGAAGAAAGCGAAGAAAGAAAAGCAAAAAGCCGUCCUGUCCUUCGAUGCUAAUGACGACGACGACAAUGGAUAACGCAGAAUGUGAAUUCUCGUUUGAGUGUACACCGACCGGCAAUGAAUCGUUUUGCAAGAGAGGAAUUGUUCCCCCACUCGUUGAUAAUUCAUCGAUUUGCUAGAGUGGAGAAACAAAUCACUUACCCUCUUGCGAAACGAUUCAUUGCCGAUGACUGUACAUAUUAGGCUGGUAAUACAUUUAUGGUACAACAAAUUUUCCAGCCAAUCAACACACUUAAAAAAUUUGUCAUAUGACAAAUAUAAUAAGGGUGCUUUCCAACAAUGUACACAGGCGAC